AUGUACGACACGUCGGCGGUACCGAUUUUCACGGGACAAAACUACUCCGCGUGGAAGUUUAAGUUCCAAGUGCUCAUGAUGGAGCGGGGACUUUGGGGUCUCUUCGAUGGGACGGAGAAGAAGCCGGACGACGAGAGCGACAUCGCGGCUUGGAAGAAGAAGGACCAAAAGGCGUUCGCUACGCUAAUCUCGCGGAUCGGCAUCAACCUCGUGAGCUCGGUGCGGACGUGUAUCAAGCUCAAAGCGUCGGCGCAUGAGGCGUGGAAGCGGCUCGAGACAAUGGACGUGAACAAGAAUCUCCACGGCAAGAUCCUAGCCCGGAAUGCGUUCUACACGGUGAAGUUGCGCGCGGGCGAAUCGAUGCACGAGUAUGCGACUCGUGUGGAGGAACUUGGGGAAACGUUCGUAGACCUCGGUGGAACGGUCACGGAGGAGGAUUGGAUUUUGACCUUGCUUUGCGGUCUUCCGGAAGAGUGGUCGACGGUGAUAACGACACUCGAUAGCGUGCAAGACACUUGGACAAAGGAAACGGUGGUCGGUCGGCUUCUCCAUGAGGAAUCGCGUCGCCGACAAUUCGCUAAUGAGAGCGUGGAGACCGCCAUGUUCUCCGGAGGGAGUUCCGGAGGAAAGUCCAAGUGGAGCAAGGGUGCGACGAAGAAGGGAGCAAGGGUCCAAGUCUGUCGGAAGCGCCCGAGCGAUUGGACUCCAUUGAAGGCGCGGAACCAAGAGGGCAACGCGCACACGGCAUCCGGCGAGGCGGAUGAUACAAGGGAGUCGAUCGUGUUAUUGGCCGGUGACGGGACCAACACUCCAAACGACGCGUGGUUCCUUGACACAGGCGCAACACAACACAUGACUCACUCGGCAUCGUUCCUCACCAACGUUGGUGCAUCGGGAGGCGUCACGCGCGUCGUCUUCAGAAACGUCAAGUCGCUACCGGUGGUCGGAGUUGGGAGUACGCGUCUCAUCGUCGAUGGCGAACCGGUACCUCACUCGUCUCUCACCAUCGCUCGCUCGUCGCGAGACCUCCGCUUCCCGCCACCCCAUCUCCCCUUCUCGCCGCAAGAGUUCCCCUUCCCACUGUCCGACUGGAACCUCCCUGCCGCCCAAAAUCCCGCAUCCGUAACCUCUCGCCUUACUCUUUCCUGCUCCUAUCGCCUCGCGGUUCGCAUUUUCCUCUCGCCUCCCCGCGCGUGCUCCUCUCGCAUCCCCGCGCUCUCCUCUCGCUUUCCCCGCGCGGCGUCUUCACGCCUCCCCGCGCGCUCGACUCUCGCCUCCCCGCGCGGCCUCCUCUGGCCUCCCCGCGCCUGCUCCUCUCGCCUCCCCGCGCUCUCCUCUCGCUGCCCUGCGCGUGCGGCUCUCGCCUUCCCGCGCUCUCCUCUCGCUGCCCCGCGCGUGCGACUCUCGCCUCCCUGCGCUCUCCUCUCACUGCCCCGCGCUCUCCUCUCCACUCGAAGAAGGCCCUCUCUCACUCUCUUGCAACGGCUGAAAUUCCGCAUCCCCGCUGCACGCCCUCAAAAACCCCCCUUGAACGCCCUCACUUCCCCACCUGUACGCCCUCGUUUUCCCUCCCUGCUUGCCCUCGUUUCCCCACCUUGCACGCCCUCAUUUUCUCCCUUGUACGCCUCCUUUUCCCCCUUGCACGAUCGCAUUUCUCCCCCUCCUUGCCCUCCCCUGCUUGCCCUCAUUUGCCAACCCUUUCCUUCCCUCUCCAUACCACACCGUCCCUUCUCCUCCUCCCACCAUGCCUUCUCCUCCUGCCAUCCCCUCUCCUCCUCCCGCCACCUCUUCUCCUCCCACUAUGCCUUCUACUCCUCCCACCACCCCCUCUCCUCCUCCCACUAUGCCUUCUCCUCCUCCCGCCACCCCCUCUCCUCCUCCCACCAUGCCUUCUCCUCCUCCCGCCACCCCCUCUCCUCCUCCCACCAUGCCUUCUCCUCCUCCCACCACCCCCUCUCCUCCUCCCACCAUGCCUUCUCCUCCUCCCACCAUCCCUUCUCCUCCCACCAUGCCUUCUCCUCCUCCCACCAUGCCUUCUCCUCCUCUCACCAUGCCUUCUCCUCCUCCCGCCAUCCCUUCUCCUCCCACCAUGCCUUCUCCUCCUCCCGCCAUGCCUUCUCCUCCCGCCACCCCUCUCCUCCUCCCACCAUGCCUUCUCCUUCUCCGCCACCCCCUCUCCUCCUCUCACCAUGCCUUCUCCUCCUCCCGCCAUCCCUUCUCCUCCCACCAUGCCUUCUCCUCCUCCCACCAUGCCUUCUCCUCCUCCCGCCAUGCCUUCUCCUCCCACCAUGCCUUCUCCUCUUCCUGCCAUCCCUUCUCCUCCCACCAUGCCUUCUCCUCCUCCGCCAUCCCCUCUCCUCCUCCCACCAUGCCUUCUCCUCCUCCCGCCAUCCCUUCUCCUCCCACCAUGCCUUCUCCUCCUCCCGCCACCCCCUCUCCUCCUCCCACCAUGCCUUCUCCUCCUCCCACCAUGCCUUCUCCUCCUCCCACCAUGCCUUCUCCUCCUCUGCCAUCCCCUCUCCUCCUCCCACCAUGCCUUCUCCUCCUCCCACCAUGCCUUCUCCUCCCCCCGCCAUCCCUUCUCCUCCCACCAUGCCUUCUCCUCCUCCCGCCAUCCCCUCUCCUCCUCCCACCAUGCCUUCUCCUCCCCCCGCCAUCCCUUCUCCUCCCACCAUGCCUUCUCCUCCUCCCGCCAUCCCCUCUCCUCCUCCCACCAUGCCUUCUCCUCCCACUAUGCCUUCUCCUCCUCCCACCAUGCCUUCUCCUCCUCCCACCAUGCCUUCUUCUCCUCCCGCCAUGCCUUCUCCUCCCGCCACCCCCUCUCCUCCUCCCGCCAUGCCUUCUCCUCCUCCUGUCACUCCUUCUCCUCCUCCCUCAUCUCCCCCCCUGCUUCCCACCAUUUCCCCGCCUGCUUCCCCUAUUUCCACCCUCUGCUCCUCUUUCCCCAUCUUCUCAACUUUCCCACCUCCACUCUUUUUUCCCCUCUGCUUCUCUUCUCCCCCUCUCUCCCCCCCCCCCCCCUUACGACACACCUCAUCAGCCAUGUCAUCAUGGCGGCGUACUCCUCGGCAAAGGCUGACGCUUGGAUUCAGGGUUGGGGAGGAGGGAUCCGAGGAUGAUGAGCAGGACAGAGGUCGACGACGUGUGCAGGGGUUGAUGACCACGGCAAGUACCGGUGCCAUUUCCGCCCAUACUCGUUCGGUUGCCGCUAGCACAACGCAUCCCACUCCAAGGGUUCGUGAGCGAAGAGUUGUGCGACCAACAGGAUUGCCCCCACAGGUUCAAUAUGCAAAAGAUAGUUAG